AUGGAACCAGUUCCCAAAUCCACCAUCCUCCUCGCCUAUCGCCAUCUUUACCAACAUCUCCUCCGCGCCGUCAAAUACUCCAAACCCGCACGCUACAUUGCCCGAGAUCGCAUCCGCGCCGCCUUUCGCAACUCCAGCCCACAACAACACUUCCAACCCGCAGAAAUCUCUCGCACGUUGGAAUUCCUCGAUAAUGCAGCCAAGUAUCGAGGUUUAGAGCAUCGCAUUGUGAAAAAUUGCAUGCAUGUCUGGUGGUCGAGAAGUCCCUCCUCUGGGGAUGGUAUGAGUCCAGUGAAAAAAGAAGAUCUUCUUUUGCGCCGAUCCGCAUAUACGGAUUUUGACGAAACGAUUCGCAAGUUGAAUGAGACCAUGGGUCUUUGCAUCAAGUGA